CAGGGGACCUCAAUUUUGAAUGUUCAAAUUUUCGAACUCCGAUGUGCACCAUGUCCAGUUGCUGCGUCGCUCUUUUCAAGAGAUCUUAUGCGACUAAAACAAAAUUGACUGCUAUUUUCAACGAAGAUGUGCGUCAGAUGGUAUUGCGUGAAGAUAUCAAAGCCAGGAAACACCCUGGAAGGUGUAAUCUUAAAGCCAAACCUUUUCCAGAUAACUUGACUGAUGCCGUACUAAAAACUCUCAAAGGUGGGCAGUUGAAAAACGUGAUGAGUGACAGCAAGCUAUUGUUAAACUAUUUGCACAGCAGACACAGUCCUAUUGAACAAAGUGAAAUAAUGGAAAAAAAGCAACAGAACAGAGUUGAAUUAGAAAAAAAAUAUUACUGUGAAAACAUGAGUGAAGAGCAACAAAUUAAAUUUGAAAAAUUCAUCAACAACCGUGUAGAAAGACUUGUUGCUCAAAGGACCUAUAAUUGGAAACCAAUUGAUUACAGUAACAGACAUGUAUGCCAUCAGUACCUGCUGUCUCGUAUUGCUCCAGAAUACAAUGUUAUAAAUACAAUAUUUAACGAAUUACAACAAAGAGACCCAAAUUUUGCGCCUGAAUCCCUGUUUGAUUUUGGUUCUGGUAUUGGUACAGUUACCUUAAACGCAAAAAAUAUCUGGAAGGACUCAUUAAAAGAAUAUUAUUGUGUGGACACUUCAUCGACUAUGAAUGAUCUGGCCAGACUUCUUUUGCAAGAGGGAAAUCCGAAUAAUGAAAAUAUAUUGCCUAAAGGUCUGUUUUACAGACAAUUUUUACCAGCAUCACCAAACUUAAAGUUUGAUCUCGUCGUAUCUGCAUACACUUUGUUUGAACUGCCAGACAUUAAAAAUCGGUUUGAGACACUUUUAAAUUUAUGGAACAAGACAAAAAAAUAUAUUGUACUUGUUGAAAUGGGAACGAGGGCUGGGUUCAACUUGAUAAACGAAGCCAGAGACCUUCUUCUAGAAAUAUCUUCUCAAAACAAUACUAAAAGUCAUGUAUUUUCACCGUGCCCUCAUGAACACUCCUGUCCACGUUAUGAUACUGACGACACCCCUUGCAAUUUCGAAGUAUCUUACUAUACACCAAGAAUAGCUCAACAAUCUGUAAUUAAACGAGAACUUUUUUCAUAUAUAAUCAUUAAAAAAGGGAAGAGGCCAGACACGGAUGAACAGUGGCCACGCAUAGUGAGACCAGUUUUGGUACGUUCAAAGCAUUCCAUUUGUCGAAUGUGCACAAGCAGUGGCAAACUGCAAGAAAUUAUAUUUACUGCUUCCAAAAACGGAAAAAUUCCUUAUUGGUGCGCACGAUCAAGUAAAUGGGGUGAUAGAUUGCCAGUAGUAAUUAAAGAAGAAAAAGUAGAAGGAGAAGGAGAAGAAGAAGAAGUAGAAGAAAAGUCUGAACAAAAUUAAUUUUAUUGUAUAA